AUGCGCAAAUUUAAGGCCAAGCCAUUCACCAAUGAUAUCAAUGGGGGUUUUUUCGGUGUUGCUGAAGGUUUACAGGCUUUGAAGCAAAAGAAAGCAGGUACAGGUAUUGAAUUUUAUCGCAAACUGUAUGAUUUGUUACCUCAUCCUGAAGUGCCUACAUACAAGGGUUUUGUUUUUGGUACACCAGUAGUUUUCACCAAGGAUCCAGAAAAUAUCAAAGCAGUGUUGGCCACUCAGUUUAAUGAUUUCUCGUUAGGUACAAGACAUGCUCACUUUGAUCCACUUUUGGGUGAUGGUAUUUUCACUUUGGAUCAUGCUGGUUGGAAAGAUUCACGAGCAAUGUUGCGUCCUCAAUUUGCUAGAGAACAGAUUGCUCAUGUCAAGAGCUUAGAACCUCACUUUCAGUACUUGUUGAGACACGUCGAGAAAAAUAAAGGACAGUUUUUUGACAUCCAAGAGUUGUUUUUCCGUUUCACUGUUGACUCGGCCACUGAGUUCUUAUUCGGCUCUAGUGUUUCCUCCUUACAGGAUGAAUCGAUUGGAUGCGAUACAACUUCGUUGGAUUUUGCUGGAAGAAGUGAGUUUGCCGAUGCAUUCAAUAAAUCACAGUUGUACUUGUCAACAAGAGCAUUGUUGCAAAAUUUGUACUGGAUUUACAACACCAAAGAAUUUAGAAGAUGUAAUGCUGUUGUUCAUCAAUUUAGUGACUACUACGUUAAUAAAGUGUUAAACUGCACACCAGAGGAGAUUGAGAAACAAAGUGGUUAUGUGUUCCUUUACGAAUUGGUGAAACAAACUAGAAACCCUAAAGUUUUAAGAGAUCAAGCUUUGAAUAUAUUGGUUGCCGGUAGAGACACCACUGCUGGAUUGUUAUCUUUUGCCAUUUUUGAAUUGGCAAGAAAUCCUGAAAUGUAUGCUAGAUUACGCCAAGAAAUCUUGGAUAAAUUUGGCACCUCCAAUUUAGAGGAUAUUACUUUUGAAAACUUGAAAAAGUGUGAGUACUUGAAAGCAGUCUUGAAUGAAACUUUGAGAAUGUAUCCAUCAGUUCCAAGAAACUUUAGAGUCUCAACUAGAAAUACUACAUUACCUCGUGGUGGUGGUGUUGAUGGUAUGUCGCCAGUUUUCAUUCCUAAAGGAAGGUCAGUCAUUUACAAUAUUGCUGCUACUCAGAUGGAUCCAAGGUAUUAUGGUAAAGAUGUUGAUGAGUUUAGACCGGAUAGAUGGUUUGAAGAGCUGACCAAGAAGUUAGGAUGGGCUUAUUUGCCUUUUAACGGUGGUCCGCGUAUUUGCUUAGGUCAACAAUUUGCAUUGACUGAAGCUUCUUAUGUUAUUGCAAGAUUAGCUCAAUCUAUUUCCAAGUUGGAAUUACAAGAUGGUUACAGUUAUCCACCAAAAAAGAUGACGCAUUUAACUAUGUGCAUGUUUGAUGGGGUCUAUGUCAAGAUGGAAAAGUAG